UCUUCAACACCAUCGUCAAUGGCUUCCUCUUCAACUUCUCAAAAAGACUACGAUGUCUUCCUCAGCUUCCGAGGGACAGAUACACGCCACAACAUCGUCAGCCAUUUGCACAAAGCACUUGUUGACAAUGGAAUUCGUACCUUUAUAGACGACAGGGAUCUCGAAGAUGGCAACAUCAUUUCCGACCAACUUGUCAAGGCUAUACAAACUUCUUUGUUCGCUGUGGUUGUUCUCUCUGAAAACUACGCUACUUCAAGCUGGUGUUUGGAGGAACUCCGACAGAUAAUGGAGCUUCGCAAUGAGGAGAAGAUCCAUGUCGUUCCCGUCUUCUACAAAGUAGAGCCUUCUGACGUGAGACAUCAAAAAGGAACCUUCGAGGCUGCGUUUCAGCGACACAGUGAUCAAAGGAAGAUUCUCGAAUGGAAAGGAGCUCUCACCCAAGUUGGCAAUCUGUCAGGCAAGCAUUCCAGGACAUGCAAGGAUGAAGCAACGAUGGUAGCCGAUAUAGUUGGAAAUAUCUCAAGCCGACUGCCAAAGGUGAAGCCUGCAAAUUUGAUCAAUCAAGAGAAUUUAGUUGGGAUGGAAGCACACAUGGUGAACCUGAAUCUCCUUUUGAAUAUGGAGUCUGAAAAUGAGGUUCUCAUGAUAGGAAUAUGGGGUAUGGGAGGCAUAGGCAAAACCACCAUUGCUAAGUGUCUCUAUGAUCGAUUUUCAAGUCAAUUUCCAGUUCAUUAUUUCAUAGAAGACAUUAAGAAGGUUUAUAAGAACAAGAGUCCAUCCUACUUACAGGAAAGAUUCCUCUCCAACAUCCCCAGUGGUAAGAAAAAUCGUUUCCUUGAAGGAGGAUCCAACAAUGAGAUAAAGGAAAGACUAGGGAACAAAAAAGUAUUCAUUGUGCUUGAUGGUGUGGAUAAAGCGGAGCAGAUACAUGCACUGGCAAAAGAGACUACCUGGUUGGGUUUAGGGAGCCGAAUAAUCAUAACUACACGAGACAUGGGUCUGCUCACCUCCUGCAGAGUAGACAAUGUAUAUGAGGUUAAAUGCUUGGAGGAUAAUGAUGCCCUCCAGGUCUUUAAGAAGUCAGCCUAUGGAGGAAGAGCGCCUCCUUCUGAUGGCUUUGAGCAACUCUUCAUUAGAGCGUCUCAGCUAGCUCACGGCCUUCCCUCUGCCCUAGUGGCUUAUGCCACAUAUCUCAGUGAAAGCACAACCAUAGAGACAUGGGAAGAAGAACUACGUUCACUUGAAGCAAGGCCACACAAACGUGUCGAGGAGAUUCUGAGAAUUAGCUACAAUGAUUUAGAUGAACUUGACAAAACAGCUUUCCUUCAUGUUGCCUGUCUCUUUAACGGAUACCUUUUUAACCAUGUCACUUCCCUUCUUGAUGAAGGUCGUCCUAGGAUGAAUCAUUUAAAUGCAAAGUCUCUCAUCAGCAUAUCGACAGAUGGAUGUAUAAACAUGCAUUGCUUGGUUGAACAAACAGGAAGGGAAAUCGUGCGCCAAGAAUCCGGGAACAGGCCUUCUAAACAAAGGUUUCUAUGGGAUCCUAACGAGAUAUAUGAUGUACUGAACAAUAAUAUAGGUACGGAUCAAAAUGAAGGUGUGACACUGCACAUGUGUGAUAUGCUUCGCACAUUAUUUAUGAGUGAUGAAGUAUUUAGCAACAUGCGUUUUCUAAACUUUUUCAAGUUCUUCCAGCACUUGGGUGAUAUAGAAUCCAAGGUACAGUUUAAGUCAGAUUGUCUUCAGUUUCCUGUUAAACUUAAGCUACUAAAUUAGGAUGCAUAUCCGUUGGAAAAGUUGCCAUAUAGGUUCCAGCACCACAAUCUGGUGGAACUCAAUCUCCGAUACAGCAACCUCGAGAGUCUAUGGAACGAAGCUGUAAAGCUCUGGAAGCUGCGGAGACUAGAUGUGACCGGUUCGAGGAAUCUAAUAAAGCUUCCAGAUCUUUCAACAGCCGCGAAUUUUGAGGAAUUGAUAAUAGAAAGCUGCAUGAGGCUACAGAACAUCCCAGAGUCGAUAAGCAGAUCACAUAAUCUCAAAAAACUCAACGCAAUCAACUGUGAUCUCCUUAGGGGUGUCAUAUUCAAUGUUGACUUUCUUAAAGGCAGGCGUAGACAGACGGGCAGCUGGCGAACCAUGUUACAGUUUCAGAGAGAAAUAGCGAGGCUGGAUUUUCUUACGGACCUAUCCAUCGAGGGCCAGCUAGAUAUAGACUUAUUUGACCUUUGUGGCAGUGCAGAGCACUUCUCCUUUAGCUCCAAGCAACAGAUCCCUGAUAAAUCGAUGACAAUGGAACAGAAUACAGUAACGCCUAGGCUUAUGUCAGAUUCUGACAGUAUAAAAUCACUUGAGAUCAAGCGGUUGGGUUACAUAGAAUCUAAUGCUCCUUUCAGCUGUAACAGCUUUGAAUGCUUUCCAUUUUUGACCAAGCUAAAGCUAAUAAACCUAAACAUCCAAGAAAUCGCAGGAGACAUAUCUGACCUGCAAUUCCUAGAGACACUGGACCUCACCGGAAACGAUUUUAAGUCACUACCCUCUACCAUGGGACAAAUUGCCAAGUUGAAGUAUCUCAGCCUUCAAAACUGCCGGGAACUCCGAGCACUGCCACAACUUGGUCAGGUGGAGAGACUCACACUUUCUGGCUGUGUGAAGCUCCGAUCAUUGAGGGGACUUGUUGGUGUAGAGUUGCUUGAGCUGCGCCUCGAAAACUGCAGGGGUCUUCGCUCAUUGUCGGAGGAGCUUAGUCACUUCACCAAGAUAACGUAUCUAGACCUCAGCAGCCUAGAGUUUGAGACAAUCCCCGCAAGCAUCAGAGAGCUUCCAUCUUUGGGAACUCUCUGCCUCAACAAAUGCAAUCAUCUCAUAUCACUGGAAGAGCUUCCACUGAGCCUCAGUUACCUCUACGCACACGGCUGCGAAUCCCUGAAGAAUGUUUCUCUUUCACCACAUCAUUCAAUCAAACACCUUGAUCUCAGCCAUUGCUUCAAUCUUCAUCAAGAACAAGAUUUGCUUUCUCAGUUCAUAAACCAAGGACAAAAUCAACAAGUAAGUUCUCUUAUCCUUUUUUCCUCCGAUUCAAUGCUAAGGUUUUGAUGAUUAAUCACAUUGCUAUUCGUAGGUUAAACCGCGAUUUGCUUGCUUACCAAAAGCCGAAAUGCCCCGAGACUUUGAGAAUCGAUCCCUAGGAACGUGUACGACGAUCAGCUUACCUCCGAUUCGCGAUUCCCACAGGUUCGUGGGAUUCGAUGCUUGUAUCAUCGUUGCUUGCCAAAGGAGCUUCCAUCUCCGAUUCCCGGCGUUUUCUUAUCACUGGAGCUACGAAGCUGGGA